GAUAAACAAGUUUUAUUUAAAGGCUUUUUGUUUGGUUUUUAAUAAUCAAAAACUGCAAAAUUGAUUAAAAUAUUAAUUUUGGAGUUAACAGAGAGUAAGUGUUGUAAAAGUAAUCACUGAUUGCAGCCAACAAUCAAACAGUCACUCAAUUACAGUGAAAAGUAACCCUUAAAUGAGAUUCAGUUUACGUGUAAUCCAGACAUUAGUUGAGUUGAAAUCACAUCAAUCACUACUACUUCACCGCAAAUAUAAUCAUUUGUUUGCAUUCAAAGCAAUCCAUCGCACGAUCAAUACAUCAGUGAAGACAUCAUCACAAAUGGGGAAGAAAGCCAUUCUUUUGGGCGUUUAUGAGAGAAGUGAUGACAAAGAGAGUUAUGUCUUCACAGAAAACGCCACCAAAUUUGAUGAGACAAUUGAUGGCAAACUCACGAAUGCCAUCAAUAUAAUCGGACCCUUGAAGAAGAGUAAGUGUCGAGUCUUUUAUGGGUUGAGUCCAUCGCAUCCAGUGGUGGCUGUCGUGGGUUUGGGUCCAAACAAUGCCGGCUAUAAUGACGCCGAAGAGCUCGAUGAGGACAGAGAGAACAUCCGCACUGCCAUUGCAGUCGGCGCCCGAACUCUCAGAGAUAUCGGAUCUAUUGAUGAGAUAGAUGUGGAUGACUGUGGCGAUGGUGUGGCGGCUGCUGAGGGCAGUCAUCUGAUUCUCUACAACUAUGACGAACUGAAAGGCGAUUCUCUGAAGAAACCGAACAUUAAAUUAAAUCAUUUGAACGCUUCCAAGAACUCGGAGGCAGAGCUCAAGUGGAACUACGGUCAGAGUCUGGCCGUCGGACAGAACUUUACCCGAAAACUGAUGGAAACGCCGGCGAAUCUCAUGACUCCCACAAGAUUUGCAAACAUUGCUGUCGAGCAGUUGACUAAAUUAGGUGUUGAGGUUCACGUGCGGGACAGGGCUUGGGCUGAGGCCAUGAAAAUGGGAUCCUUUCUGAGUGUCACUAAUGGUUCAGAACAACCGCCGGUCUUUUUGGAGGUUCAUUAUAACAACGCCCCGAACACUAAGCCUUUGGUAUUUGUGGGCAAAGGUAUCACUUUCGACAGCGGAGGCAUCUCAUUGAAGCCAUCCCUCAACAUGGAUAAAAUGAGGGCCGAUAUGGGCGGUGCAGCCAAUGUCAUCGGCGCCAUCCAUACCCUGGCCGCCACCAAAGCUGCCGUUAAUAUAAUCGGCAAUGGUACGGCUACCAAACCUGGAGAUGUGGUGUUCGCUAUGAACGGCAAAAGCAUUCAAGUGGACAAUACAGACGCCGAGGGAAGACUGGUGUUGGCGGACGCCCUUUGUUACGCACAUAAGUUUGAUCCGCAGCUUAUCGUCGAUAUGGCAACACUUACCGGUGCCAUGAGAGUGGCGUUGGGAGCGGCAGCUGUGGGCGUCUUCUCGACGACCACUAAACACUGGAAUCUGUUGCAGAAGUGUGGCGUUCAGACGGGCGACCGGGUCUGGAGAUUGCCUUUGUUCACUCACUUCACCAAACAAGUGACUGACAGUCAGUUGGCAGACCUCAAUAAUAUUGGAGGCGCCGGAUCCGGAGGGGCCUGUAUUGCUGCCGCUUUCCUCAAGGAGUUCGUCACUCAUCCAAAUUGGAUGCAUUUAGACAUCGCUGGUGUUAUGGACAACAAAGACGAGGUGCCGUAUUUGGGGAAAGGGAUGGCCGGCCGCCCAAUGAGGACUUUAGUGUAUUUCGCGAAAGCGUUAUUUAGCAAUGAAUUGAAUGAUUAA